GUUCUACCAGCACGAGCACAAAGUAAUCAUUGUUGGUCUGGAUAAUGCAGGAAAAACAACCAUUCUUUAUCAAUUCGCUAUGAACGAAGUGGUGCAUACCUCACCCACGAUAGGCAGCAACGUGGAAGAGAUCGUGGUUAAUAACACGUGUUUCCUCAUGUGGGAUAUCGGAGGGCAGGAGUCUCUCCGGUCUUCGUGGAACACCUACUAUACAAACACUGAGUUUGUGAUAGUUGUUGUGGACAGCACAGACAGAGAGAGAAUUUCUGUAACUAAAGAAGAGCUGUAUAAAAUGCUAGCACAUGAGGACUUGAAGAAAGCAGGUUUACUGAUCUUUGCUAACAAGCAAGACGUUAAAGAGUGUAUGACAGUAGCUGAAAUCUCUCAGUUCCUGAAACUAACUUCAAUUAAAGAUCACCAAUGGCACAUCCAGGCAUGCUGUGCUCUAACUGGAGAGGGACUGUGCCAAGGACUCGAAUGGAUGAUGUCAAGACUUAAGAUCAGAUGAUUUUUAAUGACCUGUUUGCACGGACGUUGCUUUAAAAGAAA